UUCAACACUGUCAGCUGUCGUUUCAUUGCGUGCGGUUUUAAUAAAGCGAGCAAUAUUGUAAAACUUUAACGUAAUUAUACAUUUUUCACUAACGCAGAAUCAAUUAAAAAUAUAAUGGCUGCUCAGUUCUUUAACCGCAUUGGCCAAAUGGGUCUCGGCGUUGCUCUGCUCGGCGGCGUUGUGAACUCCGCAUUAUAUAAUGUUGAUGGUGGCCAUCGGGCUGUGAUUUUCGAUCGCUUCACCGGCAUAAAGGAGCAUGUCGUUGGCGAGGGUACACACUUCUUCAUACCUUGGGUGCAGCGACCCAUUAUCUUCGAUAUCCGCUCCCAGCCCAGAAAUGUUCCAGUGAUAACGGGCAGCAAGGACUUGCAGAAUGUGAAUAUUACGCUGCGUAUCUUGUACCGCCCUAUUCCGGAUGAACUACCAAAGAUUUAUACGAUUCUCGGCCAGGAUUACGAUGAGCGUGUGCUGCCUUCCAUUGCGCCUGAGGUGCUCAAGGCCGUUGUCGCUCAAUUCGAUGCCGGUGAGCUGAUUACACAGCGUGAGAUGGUGUCACAACGUGUGUCCCAGGAGUUGACUGUGCGUGCCAAGCAGUUUGGCUUCAUCUUGGAUGACAUCUCGUUGACUCACUUGACCUUUGGACGUGAAUUCACACAGGCUGUGGAAAUGAAACAGGUGGCCCAGCAGGAGGCCGAGAAGGCACGAUUUGUCGUUGAGAAAGCAGAACAACAGAAGUUGGCUUCCAUUAUUUCAGCUGAGGGUGAUGCCGCUGCUGCCGAUUUGCUGGCCAGGUCGUUCGGUGAGGCUGGCGAUGGUCUGGUUGAGCUGCGUCGUAUUGAAGCUGCCGAAGACAUCGCCUAUCAGCUAUCGAGGUCCCGUGGCGUCGCCUAUUUGCCCAGCGGACAAAGCACCCUGCUGAAUCUGCCCUCAACCCUGGCGCAGUAGAGCUCGUGCCUCAUCGUCUUAAGUUGUAACUACCUGUAGCAUUUAUUAAGUACUUUCGAUUUUGUUUCUAAAUCAAACAUCACAGCAACGUGUUCUGCAUUU